UUUGGGAUGUCUGUGUCCAUGUGUUGCAAUGCGGGUCAUACUAACAGGUCAGCACUACACACGUACAGAGAAAACCCCAUCUUCCUGAGGUAAGGGAGUUAACUGACUUUUAUAGUCAGUUAACUUCUUUGCCUGGGGAAGAAGUGAAAGCCAUGUAUCAAGACGAUACUGUUGUAAGAUGGCUACCGUCGAGUCAGGGGAACAAUUUCUGACAUGCACCGUAUGCUUCCAAGUGUUCGAGAGUCCAUGCAAGCUUGCCUGUUUUCACAAUGUCUGUCGAAAAUGUGUCGUCAACUACACCGAAACCAGACCAGAAGCCAUCAGUGCCAAGUCUCUCUUGUGUCCAUUCUGCAGCAAGAUGACGACAGUGUCUGCCCCUGAGAGACCAGUGGAGGAGUGGGCGGAUGACGUGAAGCCUAGCUUUGUCAGUCAGAGCCUCUUGAACACGUGCUCCAAAGACACGACCAACAUUAAGACACCAAAGGAAACUCGAGGACCAGUCGCGACAAAGGGACGAGGGAAGAUCAUUUGUGAAGAGUACAAGGAGAAGACUGCCGGGUUCACAUGUAAAACUUGCAACAAAGCUGUUAGUGAAACAUGUUGCACGGCCUACCACAAUAAAUGUGCCUCUGUUGUCACCAUCGAGACGGAGGUGUUGGCAGUCAAGUCACAACUGACCAAGUUUAAAGAUAAGUUAUCACGGAGGGAAGAUGAAAUAAAAACUGAAUUGCGAAGAAAGAAAUUCAUAGCAAAUGGAGAGACAGUGAGGUAUUUACAACUUGAGUCAGACAUUCGGUCGUUAAGUAACAAAGCAAUCGAAAUGAUCAAGCGCAAGGAAAGGCUACUCAUUGAGGAACUAAAAUCGAUAUCUGACAAACAUGUUAGGCAAUUUCAAGAAGAUAUUACCUCAGAUGAGAUGUCACUGGAGAUGUGCCAACAACAGGCGGAGCUGAUAGACCAGGUUCUACAAUCUGAGUCUGACAUGGAUGUGUAUGAGAUGUAUCAGGUGUGUGAGGCCGGAGAUGCGGAGGCUGUCGGAGAUGCAGACAUGAAGGAGAAGGGAAGAAUAGCCAGGAUCAUGUUCAGACAGGACACGGACAAGCUGAGUAGAGCACUGGACGACCUUCAACUGGGUGAAAUAGACGUCCUGUAUGAGGGUGUGCUGGACCUGAUGGCUUCUCCAGAAACACAGGACAUGAGUACCGUGCUGGACCUGAAGAUUAGUCCUGAAAUACUGGACACCAGUAACGUGCUGGACCUGAAGGCUUCUCCUGAAAUAGAGGACAUCAGUACCAUGCUGGAUCUGAAGGCUUCUCCUGAAAUACAGGACACCACUACCAUGCUAGACCUGACGGCUACGCGUGAAAUACAGGACACCAGUACCGUGCUGGACCUGAAAGCUUCUCCUGAAAUACAGGACACAAGUCCCAUGCUGGACCUGAAAGCUUCUCCUGAAAUACAGGACACAAGUACCAUGCUGGACCUGAAAGCUUCUCCUGAAAUACAGGACACAAGUACCAUGCUGGACCUGAAAGCUUCUCCUGAAAUACAGGACAACAGUACCGUGCUGGACCUGAAAGCUUCUCCUGAAAUACAGGUCACCAGUACCGUGCUGGAUCAGAAGGCUUCUCCUGAAAUACAGGACACCAGUAACGUCAUGGACCUGGCGGCUGCUCCUUUGUUACUGGAAACCCUUAACGUCGGAGUAGAAGAGGAUGCAAACAAAGCUCUACCAAUUGACGUGAUAACGAUGAUUGUAAAUGGGACUGACACAGUAAUCACUACAGACUAUAGCAACAAGAGUGUGAAGUCCUUCUACAUAAGCAACAACAAACCAUCUUACAGUAAACUCACCCUUGAUAGUGAUCCGUGGGGUCUGACUAAGCUGAAAUACAACCACAUAGCUGUGACUGUCCCGAAAAUCAAACAGAUUGUAAUAGUAGAAGCGAGCCCAGACUUGGUGCUGCUGUCUACAAUCCCUACGAGCAAAGAGUACCGAGGUAUAACUGCUCUGGCACCGUCAACCCUGGCAGUAUGUACCAAGUCGCCGCCCUGUGUUGAAAUCCUGGAUGUUACCGGGAACGUGUUGAGGUCAAUCAGUCCAUUACACCAUGGUGAAAACAUCUUAAAAUACCCGUAUUUCCUGUCUGCUACAAACACAGGAAACAUUUUAGUGUCUGACUCUGGAUCCAUGAAUGUCUUGUGUCUGAAACCCGAGGGAGAUGUGGUGUUCACCUACACCCCGACUGGAAUCAGUUCACGACACGGUCCCCAAGGUGUCAUCUGCACCCCCACUGGUGACAUCCUGGUCACAGAGUUUGAUCUCCACAGCGUUGUCCAUCUGACUGAGGCAGGGCAGUUUGUGAAGAAGAUACUAACAGCACAAGACGGUGUUGACAAGCCACGUGGGCUUUGUGUAGCUGGUCGAGGGAGUGUGUAUGUAUGCAACUCGUUUAAAGGUCAGAUUAAGGUGUUUAAGUGUAAAUAGAAAAAGGGAUGUGCAGACAUGGACUUCUAUUAUUGUGACAAGUGCCUCACCAAGCUGCAAAUGGUUAUGUCUGACAGAACUCAUUCUAUGAACUUCGAAACGAAUCAUGUGCAGACAAAUCUUGCUCUGUGUCCAAUGAUCUAAACAUUGAUAAUAGACUGAACAGACCCUUGUAUUUGAACUAAAAUGCAUAAUCCCAUAGUCUAAUGUAUUACUUUUGUGCUUUAUAUUAUUUUAAGGGGUUAUUUAUGUAAUUUUCGUACUGAAAAGUAAAGCUCAAAUGCAGAUCAUAUCGUUCCAGAGUGACGGAACACUACCAUAAGUUUAGGAAUUUAUCAAUCUGCUUUAUAUAUUGUAAAAUGCUGUAUGUUUGUGUAUUCAGUCGACACUUAUAUUCACUUACUUCUUCUACCACCAUAUGUGACAGCAGUUUUUGUUUCAGACCAUUUUAAAGUAUUUAUUUAGAUAUAUCAUCACGUAUUUACAUCACGAUCAUAUGUUCCUGUCUUACUUUGUUAUAUAUGGUAUCAUUGCGUGCGUGUUCAGUGAACGCUGAAGUAUAUCACAACAUAACAAUUUCAAUUUCAAACUCUUUGAAGUUUAUUCAUGUUCAGGACAUUACUCGACUACUUCUGAAUUACCAAAAUUGAUCAAUCUGAGAAGCAACUGGACUUGUGCACAAUGUUUCUGUGUUUACUGGUUUCUGGUAACACGGGAGACAAGACAAGGAGUGCAUCCUGCUGGAGCGAGGGGGUGAAUGACGCUCUUUAUGCCCCCCUUCUGACAUCUUCCCGUGGAAAGAGAGGUAACUGACAAUGAAAGUCCAGUUUCCACAGCUAAUUCUCCUGCGUCGGGAAGGUGCUCUACUGUAUCAACAGUCUUAUUAUUGGAAUUUUCUUUCGCCUCAUAGAGUUAGAAUUACUACAAACCUUAAUAUUCUGCAGCAAAUAUGACAAUCAAUAUUUCAAUCAAUAAUACUUGGUUGGUUUGUCAAUUUAUAAUACAUUUUCUUCCCAAAGUUCAAAAAAACAUACAGUAUUUAACAUGAUAUUUAAAAAUAAAUUCCUCAAAACGAUAAGAAGGGAAGCUGCUAUAAUGAUUUUAUUAUCAGGUAAUUUUGUUUAUUUGUUGGAAAAGAAACUGAAUUUUCACAGCCUACGUAGACCGGACGAAUAUACAAUGGAGUUUAAUACGUGUAAAUUAUACAGUUCUGUGGUUCAAGAAAAUACCACCUGAGGUACAUUGUGGCAACUUUUGUAUUGCAAGGUUUGGUAUACAUUAUUAGCAUAUAUAGUGAAAACCUGCUUUGUUUAUUUUUUAAGGUUGACAUUUGAAGUGUCGGAGGUGUAGUCUUCAAUAGAUGUCAAGAUGAGGAGGUGGCGCGGAUGUUAGUUGUUUGUGUGGCUAACAGAUAGAGGCUUGCUCCAUAACAGCCCAUAGAACAUGUACAAUGUAGCUGAAUAAUGUGUCCGCUCGGUGGUCGGUGAGGUUUAACGUCGCGUUCAAGAUUAUUGCACUUAUAUA